AAGGAUACCUAGUGUAAAAAUCAGCCGGGAAAAGCGCAUCUUGAGAGAAACGUCUCCUAGGAGCGCUCACUCUCUUGAAACCGCAGCGGGUGGCUGUGGCAAGCGCUCUUCAGAAGUAAUAGGAGGGCGGCGCGACAAGGAUGAGAGUCCAGCUAGUGUGCGUGGUGCUGCUGGCCCUGGCCUCCUGCAGCCUCUGCUCAGAUUCAGAAGAGGAAAUGAAAGCAUUAGAAGCAGAUUUAUUGACCAAUAUGUACACAUCAAAGAUUAACAGAGCAAAACUUCCUUACUGGAAAAUGACCCUGCUAAAUGUCUGCAAUCUUGUCAACAACCUAAACAACCAAGUGGGAGAGACAGUAGAGGUAGAUGAAGAGGAUCUCGUUUCAGGAAGACAGCUUCCCUCUCCUCUGGAUGGCUUCAGCUUGGAAGCAAUGCUGACAGUAUAUCAACUCCAAAAAUUUUGCCACAGCAGAGCCUUUCAGCAUUGGGAGUUACUUCAGCAAGAUGCUUUUGAUCUAGAGAACUCAAGCCAAGAAAAAGAAAUAAUGAAGAGAAAAAAUCCCUAUAUUCUGAAACGGCAGCUACAUGUGAACAAAGCUAGAAGACCAUACAUACUCAAGAGAAGUUCAUAUUACUGAUGCAGCAGAAGAAAACAAUGUAUAUUUAGUUUAUAGGUAACUGUGUAUUAUGGUUAUCUUAUCUAAAUCUAAAAUCAUACUUGUGUGAAAAUAUACUAUGGAAAAUCAAGAUGAUAACAUAGCUGUGUCUUUUUUGCAAUUGCUGUUUCUCGAUUGUGAAUUUUUCCUACUUGAGAUUAAUUGGACUAAUACAUUUGCAAAUAAAACUAGUUUUUAAGCAUGAUGUAUUGUACAAAACUGAGAUUUCAACAUACUUACAAUAAUCUUGUAGUCUUCUCCAAAGUUAUAAAGAACACCAACAUAACACCAAGGAAAUUGAUAUUGACCAUAAAUUCUACUGAGAAUCUUACAAUUUCUUAAUGCAACAUGUCAAACGUAUAUAUGCUUGCAAUUUUUUUAUAAUAUGCUGGUAAGAACUGCCACAGUAUUUUAUGUAUUAGCCAUUAAUUUAUUAGGGAAUAGGUCUAAGGAAGGAAGGGAAUACUAUCAACUAACUGUUAAAUGGCAACUUCAAAAUUAAUAUUUUAAAUAGUCUGCUUGUAAGUGAAUUUUAAGUUCUUGACUUCUAACUUGCCACUAAAGACUAAUUAUUUAGGAAAACAGCACAUAAUGAGACUUUUAAAAAGUAUGCUAGCGAAAACAAACCUAGAUGUGCUUAGAGUCUUGUGUAUCACUAACUAAAUAAUUUAUUAAAUCACUAAAAGAAUUUACAGUGUUUACCUAAUCUAUGCAUGUUCAGGAAAAAAAAAAAA